AUGUCAUCUUUCUCAAGCAGUCCACAUCUGCUGACAAAAGAAAAAUUAAAAAGUGCUCUAAAAGCCAAUGGAAUCCCACUACCGAAAACCGAGCAGAAAAAAGCUUUCUACGUCGAGCUGUAUUUGCAGAGAUUGACCUCUCAAAAUGAUGACGAAUAUUCCUCAGACGAGUCUGAAGGAACAUCGGAAUCUUCUCCGAUCGGAGCCCAUAAGGUACGUAAUAUAAACAAAAUCCAUUAAUUAAUUCUGCAGCAAUAUUAAAUAUUUAAGCUCUUUACGUUGACUUGUGUAUUUCUGGGUCUGUAUUCUCGUAUUGUACCUGUGCGGCGCUAGGCGUCUGUGGUUUUGGCGGUUUAUAAACUCGCAAUUUGAAAGUUGCUGUGAUUUGUUGUCAUGAACAUUUUUAGCAGGUGCAGCUUUGUUUGUUUUUGUACGGGGAUUCGUAUAUUCUUUGAGGAUGUCCUUUCAUACGAGAUAAUUUUUAGCGUUUCUUUGCGCUAUCGAUAAUUCUUGCAGCGGUGUCAUUUUUUGGAGUACUUUUGAUCACCUUUAAAUGGCUUCCGUACGUUCUAUGGUGAUGUUUGAAUAAUAUUUUAUUCAGCUCCAAAUGGCUCACCUUAGGGACUCAAGCUAUUAGGAGAUAGCAUCGUUUGGUUAUCAUAGUAUUUCUAUUUAGAACUGAAGCAUUUCUUGAUUUGAAAAUGCCAGACCAGGUGAGUUGGAAGUUUUAGUAUAAAUUUAUACUAUUUCCUCAGUUCCUUUAUUAUGAAAUUACUAGCCGUUGUCGCUAAAUGGAUUCUUUGAACCACUUUGCAUUGCUGUAAUGUAAAUAUUAAUUACCAUACAUGACACAAUUUUAGCAGAAACACGAAAUUUUUUUUUAAUUGAGAAUUAAAAGUAUGUAUAUAUUUACCUGUUUAUUUAUGGUUUUUUUUCUCAAGUCUUUGGGCGAAUUUAUCAAAACCUAUAUCAUAUCUGCCGGUUCUUUAACAAAGUUCUGUGUUAAAAUUUGAAAAAAAAGGUUAUUAUUACGUGAAGUGUAUUAUAUCACCACUAUCAGUGUGAACUAGGUUUGCUUAACUGUGAACAAUGAAAUGAAAGUAAACAAUCCCAAACCAAAUCUGAAAAUUGAUAGCAGAAAUAGUGUUUCUCAAAAAAGGCCAAAAGGUGGUUAUUGAGAUAUUUCAGUGACUUCUUUUGAAUAUUGCAUUUCCAAAAUGCAGUUAUAACAAGGUGAUGCACGACCACAAGUCGUUUUGUAAGGUGGACCCUCCUUCUUUUGUUAUUAUCGUACAAUUUUGAUGUUAACUCUAGUCAGCUCAGUGCUUGGGAAUCAGUUUACAUUGUUAUAAAUAUAAACCGUAAACUUGAGACUUGAAACAUGAAAAUUUAAAUUUUUCUCAGUCUGAGGAAAACUGAUUUCCUAAGGAUGGCUGUUAUCCCAAUAGAGAGGAAUUAUCUGUUUGAGACAGAUAUCCUUUUUAUUAGACCUAUAAAUAAACAGAUAAAGGAGGCCAGUGAAGACAAUCCUAUUCUCAGAUUAAGAUGGAUUAUCUUUUUGAUUCAGUUUAUCUGAUUGAUAACCCAUCUGAGAUGGAUAAUCAGUAUCUAGUGUCAAAAUGACUGACAAUACUAUACUUUAGUACACAUUAAACUUAGAGUUUCUCAAUUUCUCUUCCUUUUUAACCCUUUCAGCCCCAAUAUAAACAUACAAGUUCUCCAAACUGAUCUCCAUACAUCUCCUUUAAGAAUUAGUUAAGAGAGUUCAAUGAAAGAUCAAGGCAUUUUUCUUUGGUUAUUGUUUUAUUAAUUCUCAUAACAUUACUUCUUGACAAUGUAUGGAUAUUGUUGGGAGAAAAUUGAUGUUGAUCACCAUUGAGACUUAAAGGGUUAAAUGUGCAUGUCUCAGUAGUUAUAUCCCUGUUUUUUUCUCUUAUCCAAAUUGUACAUGUAAUCUCACUUUCAGAAACUUCCUGCUAAGCCAGCAAAAAAGAUAGUCUUGAACAAAAGGGUAAAAGGUGGACUUCCCUAUGAUGUGUCUGCUCUGUCAGAUGGAGAUCUUGCCAGGCAGCUUAAAUCCUUUGGAGCCACAAUUGGCCCAAUUACAGAUUCCACUCGAGUCCUUUAUCAGAAGAAGCUUGGUAAGUCUGUGGCCUAGCUUUUCUUUUACAUGUAUGUGAAAUAUAUUCCUUCCCCUUUUUUUAUCACAGUUGAGCCCCUGAUAUUGAGGUCCUUACAUUAAGGAUUUUGUGUGAAAAAAACUGAUAUAUCUUUGGGCUCGUUUCUCAGUAGUCUGGGUAACUAAAGCAAAAUAUCAAAUCAAACUCAAAACAAUAAAAACAUUGAUCCUAGCUUACAAACCAGUUCAUUUUGUUUUGUUAACUGAUAGUGUGAUCACAUUAUCUGCAAAACUGUGGAACCCUUGACCUUGAAUGCAAACACAGCAGCUUUCUGUUGGGUUAAUUACUGGGUUUUUCGAGAAACAGACCUCUCUACCUGGGUCUAAUAAGUUGAGCUGCUCUCCAUUCAGUUCUAACUUUUGAGUCCGUUGAUUAACUCUUUUGGCUUAUACAUUCAAAUGAAAUUCUUUGACAGAAAUUUUUGGGAACACUGUGUUCUUUGUUUUUUGGGGUUUACUUUUGGUGUCCUUUCAAUCCAUAUUCAGCCUUCUAUGCCCCCCCCCACCCCCCCCCCAAAAAAAAACAAAAACAAAAAAAAAACAUGAAAUAUAAAAUUCUUUUUGUUUUCUGUCCAAAAGAAGUGACAUCUAUAGGCAAAAAUGAUGCUCUUCUUGCUUUGAGUGUGACAUCGUCUUGUCAACAUUAUACAAGUACACAUUCCUUGUGGAUGGCACCUGCAAAAAUACGCUGUUGUUAGUAAUAUUUUAUAAUUUGCACUGUAAUGGAAUGUUUAGUCUGAUCUUAGUUUGCACUAUUCUUUGAGACCCUUAGGCCUGCAGACAGGCAAGCGCACUGUCAGACAGAGUUUUUCCAUUCUUACUGUUGGAUUCUUAUCCUGUCUGGUGUAUAUUUGUCUGAGCUUGACAUAAUUUAUGCUGUGCUACAGUCAAACAUUUAUUUAUUGGAUGCUGGGGGGACUCUCUCUUGUGUAUUGUAUAAUUUUCUAUGUCUCUACUUAACACAUAAUAACAUAUACAUUCUCUAAGUUAUUGAUAUAUUCCUGAAAAAGAGAGUAGCACAUCUAGGUUAACUAAAUAUUGUGUUCCUUAACUCACGACCCUCAUACUACCUGACUGCUGACCCCUGAUUUGCUCCAGUGUCCAGUUGAUAGAGUUAUUAUACGUUGCACUUCAAAUUUCCUACCUACAGUUAAUUUUGAAAAUCAGCUUAACCGACCAAUAGGUCACCGGUAGUUAUCUGCUAGCAGCUUACUGACUUAUCUGUAGGUUACGUUUGGCAUUUUCAGUUAUUAAGAAAACCUCAUCCAAUAAUAAUUAUAACGUCAGCCUGAAAAGGAAUGAUAAAAGUCUUUCUUAAUUCAGGCCUCUCCCGUUUCGUGCUACCAGUCGCUUGCAUGGCUGUUUUCUCUUGCGUGCGUUUCUCUCGUCUGUCCAAGAAAAAAGUGCCUAGUUUCUAUUUUUCUCCUUGCAGCUAAGUUUCUGACCGAGGAACUAGAAGCUCCUGCCAGUAAAUUUUCACCCAAACAGAAGAAGACCUCGCCACCCAAACCCCAGAGGAGAAUGGAGCAUGCAGAUUUCUCUGAUGGGUAUGAUGCUGAUGAUGCCUCAGCAGAGGAGUUGGAUGUGGAAAUUGCUGAACGUCUGACUUACAAUCAUGAACAGCAAGGUACAUAGCAUUGCUGAUCACUGAUAGAGCAAUUUUUCCUCCAUGUUUCAUCAGCCUUUUUAACCGAACAGUAUGUGCUUUAGGUUUAGCAGUUGUUUAUCAAACUUGCUGUAGGUGGGCAAAAUUUUAAAAUUCCAUCUCUCCUCCGAAGAGGUUCCCACUGAGUCUUCCAAAAAAAUUGCAUCCUUCCCUGCAUGCUUUCAUUUUUCCCUCUCCCCAGCCCCCAUGGACAAAAAGAGGCCCAUGUUAGCGAGGGGAGAGUAAAAUUCCUGUCCUCUGCCUCUUCUUCUGUCGACAUACUUAUGAUGGAAAUUACGACGAUAUCCCAAUGAUUGACGAAAACAGACGGUAAUUUUCCGAAGAAUGUCUUUCCCUUGAAGCAUCGCGGGUAUGGUGUCAAGGUUUUAGCCAGAGGGGUGUCCAGCCAUCCUAUGCACGCCCGUUUUUGGAAGAAAUGCAAGGAAAAUUCACUUAAUCUCUUGAAAUUUUAUGGGAAAGCAGGCCCUCUGGACGGCCAGUUUUCAAUGUCUGGCUAAAAGCCUGUGUGGCAUUCACCUAAUAAAAAUGAGAAUUUGUAAAUGACUCCCUUUUCAAUGCACUUCUGCAUCUUGCAAUAUUGCCAACAUUGAUUCAUUGUCCACUGGGUGGGGAGGGGGGUGGGGAGGAGCUUGACUCUAUUAUUAUAUAGUGGCUGCUUUUUCUUAUUUGAAUUGCUUGCAUUGCAGACCAUAGAGACUCUCCACCUCCCCCUGAGUUACCAUCUCCUGCCUACAAAUCCACUCCGAGGAAAAGAAUCACAACGAGUACAAUUACCACACGGCAGCAUAGACGACAUAACAACAAUGGUGAUUACGCAGCAUUUAACGGCCCCGAGCAAACUGAUUCGGCUGAAGUUAUCGCAGUAAAGGAGCCAGCUAAGGUGGCAAAAGAAGAAGCCAGUAUUUGUGGUCCUCACGUUCAAAUUUUACUUGCAGUUUUAGUGUUUCUUGUGUUCAUAUCAUUUUUAGUUUAUUCUCUCAUGGAGGAUACACCUCGGGAAGGGUUUAAAGAAGUGCAGUGA